UCCCGAGUAGCCCCGGCUCCAUUGCCUGGGGAGCUGGGGUGUGGGACAGACAGACAGGCACACAGAACCCAAACCCAAUCCCACCCCGUGCUGCCCUCCAGAACCAUUUCUGACCCAUCCCAAAGGCAGGGAUGGAUCCGGGCCCCCUUGACCCCACUGCUCUUCCUCCAAUGCAGGUGACACCGUGCGGCCCCAGCAGCCCCUGUGCACAUGGACACUUCUGUGAUGAACACUUCGGGCUGUGCCUGCCCACACGUCCUGCUGGGCAGUACUGCCGCCGUGACACCCACUGCGCCCAUGGCCUCCUCUGCACCUUUGGGAAGUGCCAGCAGCCCGUGCCUGACGGGCAGGAGGGAGCACGGUGCCAGCAGGAUGAGGACUGUGGGCCAGGCGGCUGCUGUGCACGGCGGCACGGCGAGAUGCUGUGCCAGCAACGGCUGGAACUGGGGCAGAGCUGCCAUGUGCCCCCCGGGGGUUUGGCCUUCAGCAUCAACCAGGUGUGCCCCUGCCAGGCUGGGCUGGUGUGCCGAGCAUCGCCUCCACCACGAGAAAAAGCAUUUGAGUACUGGCCUGAGAAGAGCGAGUGGAGGUGCCGGCAGCCCUGAGCCAGCAGCGCUGUAUUUAUUCCCUGUAAAUAGCAUGUACAGCCCCAUUGCAGGACGUGUCCCUCCCCAGGAGCCAGGCAGGUCCUGGCCGCUCCCAACCCCCUCCAGGAGAUGCUGCAGUCACUGCAGAGCAGAGCUGCGCUUGGUCUCAGCCCCCCACCCUCCUUGUGCACCCCCACCAGGCACAGCCACGGGGAGAUCUCACCGAAAUGUUUAUUACAAAGAACCAAGCGAGCGGGGCGAGUCCCCCCACACACCAAGGAGAAUAAAUAAAUAAAAUACACUUUGUCGGGGUCUUUAAAUAAAGUUUGUGGGAUGACAUAAAUAUGGGACGUCCCUCUGCCCUU